AUGCACUUCACCGGCCUCUUCUUCCUUGCCGCUGCUACCUCUGCCCUUGGCGCCGCCGUUACUCAACCAACCCCCACCCCCUCCGCCCAAAAAAUCAACGCCGCCCAGGCACAGGCCAGCUCUCACCCGCCCAACAUCGCCGCCGCCGACUCGCCCGCUCUGUGCGGUCCCCACGGCCCCGGCAACGUCGGCGGCGCCUUCAAGCUGUACGCCGAGGACGGGCACGCCCACGUCACCCACAUCCAGGCCUACCUGACCCCGUUCGCGCUGCCCGCCCCGGCCGGUCUGACCGGUCUCCAGGUCACCUUCAGCAACGGCGAGACCAAGUCGGCCGGAGUCACGGAGGGGAUCGCCCGCUCUUGUGUCGUGGACCAGCGGGUCACUGAGGUUGCGGUGCGCUCCGCUGGGUUUGGGGUCAGUCAGCUGGUUAUCCGGAAGGAGGAUGAGACUGUCUGUGCGCUUGGGUAUGAGACGGGUGUGAGCAAUGCCUGCAGCGCUGAGGUGGUCGGGGACGGGGUGUUGGCUGGUCUGGAGGGUCGCGCUGCGGGUAUGCUGACUUCUCUUGGGGUUGCCUUUCUCUAG